GGGAGUUUUCCGACCCGCGGGCUCCUCCUCCCGCCCCGCCCUGACGGCUGCGGAACCCGCCGUCCCGAUCGCCCUGAGAGCGGGAGUGGGACAAAACUCGAGGCCAGUCCGAGAUUCCGCGCCCGGGACGCCUGCAGAGAGAGCUGCUGCUGCCCGCGUCCCUGUUCGCCCCUCGCGGUCCCCCACCCCGUGGCCAGUGGCCAGACCUAACCAUGAGCUACCCACCAGGCUAUCCUCCGCCCGCAGGCGGCUACCCUCCAGCUGCACCAGGUGGCGGUGCCUGGGGAGGUGCUGCCUACCCGCCGCCCAACGUGCCCCCCAUCGGGCUGGAUAAUGUGGCCAACUACACGGGGCAGUUCAACCAGGACUACCUCUCAGGACUGGCGGCCAACAUGUCCGGGACGUUUGGAGGAGCCAACGUGCCAAACCUGUACCCAGGUGCCCCUGGGGGCGGUUACCCUCCGGUCCCCCCGGGGGGGUUUGGGCAGCCCCCUUCUGCCCAGCAGCCCGUUCCUCCUUAUGGAAUGUACCCACCCCCUGGAGGAAACCCACCCUCUGGGAUGCCUUCAUAUCCGCCAUACCCUGGGGCCCCCAUGCCAGGCCAGCCCAUGCCACCCCCUGGGCAGCAGCCCCCAGGGGCUUACCCUGGACAGCCGCCCAUGACCUACCCUGGGCAGUCGCCAGUGCCACCUCCUGGGCAGCAGCCAGUGCCAAGCUACCCAGGAUACUCGGGGUCUGGGAACGUCACCCCUGCUGUGCCCCCAGCUCAGUUUGGAAACCGAGGCACCAUCAGAGACGCUCCUGGCUUUGACCCACUGCGAGAUGCUGAGGUCCUGCGGAAGGCCAUGAAGGGCUUUGGGACCGAUGAGCAGGCCAUCAUUGACUGCCUGGGGAGUCGCUCCAACAAGCAACGGCAGCAGAUCCUCCUGUCCUUCAAGACAGCUUAUGGGAAGGAUUUGAUCAAAGAUCUGAAAUCUGAACUGUCAGGAAACUUUGAGAAGACAAUCUUGGCUCUGAUGAAGACGCCGAUCCUCUUUGAUGCUUAUGAGAUAAAAGAAGCCAUCAAGGGGGCGGGCACCGAUGAAGCCUGCCUGAUUGAGAUCCUCGCCUCCCGCAGCAACGAGCACAUCCGGGAACUGAACAGAGCCUACAAGACAGAAUUCAAAAAGACCCUGGAGGAGGCCAUCCGGAGCGACACGUCAGGGCACUUCCAGCGGCUGCUUAUCUCUCUCUCUCAGGGAAACCGGGAUGAAAGCACAAACGUGGACAUGACGCUUGUCCAGAGAGAUGUCCAGGAGCUCUAUGCAGCCGGGGAGAACCGCCUGGGUACAGAUGAGUCCAAGUUCAAUGCAAUUCUGUGCUCCCGGAGCCGGGCCCACCUGGUGGCAGUUUUCAACGAGUAUCAGCGAAUGACGGGUCGUGACAUUGAGAAGAGCAUCUGCCGGGAAAUGUCCGGGGAUCUGGAGCAGGGCAUGCUGGCCGUGGUGAAAUGUCUCAAGAAUACCCCAGCCUUCUUUGCUGAAAGGCUCAACAAGGCCAUGAGGGGAGCAGGAACCAAGGACCGGACCCUGAUUCGCAUCAUGGUGUCUCGCAGCGAGGUCGACCUCCUGGACAUCAGGGCAGAGUAUAAGCGUCUGUAUGGGAAGUCGCUGUACCAGGAUAUCACGGGAGACACUUCAGGGGAUUACCGUAAGAUUCUGCUGAAGAUCUGUGGUGGCAACGACUGAACGGUGACUGGUGGGUCACUUCUGUCCACCUGCUGGCAACAGCGAUGCCAGGAAAAGGCUAAAAGAAUGUCCGUCGGUUUCUAAUAAGUCCACAAAGCAGCCCCCAGGUGUCCCAGUGCGGACUGUCUAUAGCACCUUGGCCCACCCUCCGCCCGCCCUCCUGAUCCGUAUCGUAUAUCACGCUUGUGCUGAAGGAGCUGGGCGGGAACUCUCAGGGUGCCUCCCCACACCCCUCUCAGCCUCUUGCUGCUGAAGUAGACGUUCUGUUUCCUGACUCAUGCAAUCCUGCCCCUUUGCUUGUGGCCGAGACUCUUGCUUCAUCUUAGUGGAGUAAUUUUGUAUGUUUAUUUGGAGGCGCUCAUUUUUUUUAUAUAGUCAUGGCCAGACAAAUGCACCCAUGUCUCUGUUGCAUACACGGUUCUCGUGAGAGGUGGGGGUUGGGGGCGCCGUGUCUUCACUGAGGAGUAAAAGGGAAAACCUUUAGGGGUAAUCUUCGCAUCUGGCGAGAAUGUGUCAUGAGCUUUGUUAUUGCCAAACUCAUUCCUUUUUAGAAAAGAAAGAAAGGGAAAAAAAACAAAAAAGGCCAGAAAGUCAUCUGUUUCUUCUUCCAUGCAAAACCACAAGAACAAAGCCAGCUCCCUGCCAGUGUGCCAGUGACAGGGCUUCUUGUGAUUGAGAAUGUGCCUUAAAUCUGAAUGUCAAUGGCCAAAAGCUGUUUCUAAAUUAAAGCCAGCCAGCUCUGGAUCGUUCUGGAAGUGUU